CCCGGAGAGAGAGAGAGAGAUUCCGUUUUUAAAACCGCCACAGGCAGUGGGUCCCACCGAUGGAAGCGGACGAUGCAACCCCGGCGGCGGCCAUAACGCGGUGGAAGUUCGAGGUGUCGCGGCAGUACCAGCACCUGCUGGACAAAGCGACGCCGCACGUGGCUCGGCGGUGGAUUGGGUGUCUGGUGGUGGCGUUGGUGUACGUGCUACGCGUGUACUUGGUGCAAGGAUUCUACGUCGUGUCGUACGGCCUUGGCAUUUACAUCCUGAACCUUCUGAUCGGGUUUCUGUCCCCUCAGGUGGAUCCCGAGAUUAUCGAUUUGGAUGGGCCCACCCUCCCCACCACCGGCUCCGAUGAGUUCCGCCCCUUUGUUCGUCGCCUCCCCGAGUUCAAGUUCUGGUACUCGAUCACGAAGGCAUUUUGCAUUGCAUUUGUGAUGACUUUCUUUAGUGCGUUUGAUGUUCCAGUGUUCUGGCCAAUACUCCUUUUCUACUGGGUGGUCCUAUUCACGCUUACUAUGAGGAAACAGAUUUCUCACAUGAUCAAACACAAAUAUGUACCGUUCUCAUUUGGAAAACAGCGCUAUAAUGGAAAGAGAGCAUCAGCAGAAAGCUCAAGCCUUUCGGAUGACUGAAAUUUUCAGGGUAAUUAAACUUUAUUUGCUUCAUUUAAGUGACAGACCCACAUGUAGCUUGAUAUCAUUUGCAGUAUAUUUUAACAGCUGGAGCAAUCUGAGGAUGUGAUGGUGGCUGAAGAAGGUUACUUUGAGGGCCUAGUAUGAACAAUUGGAUGUUCAAUUUCCCAGUUGAGCAAUUGUUUAGACUUUGGACGUCUUGGGUGUUUUUGCGCCCUGGUAAAAGAUUUAGCUUUGGGGAGUGAGGGCUCGUCCUUUACCUCAAAUCCUUUUCCUUUAUUUUCUAUUUCUAUAUAGGUGGGCAUACGAUUCUUAUUCUCGAAUUUUAGUCAAAUUACAAGAAUUUUAGGUAACUUGUGUAGAAUGAAUCCCCUUCAUUAUUUGCAAUUUGGUUAUGCUGAUGUAUCUUGUACAUUGUAUGUUAUUUUUUCGGUUAAUCAUGUGCUUUGUAGGAGCUCCUUUUUCUAGAAAUUAGCCCAAACAAUGUAAAUUUUCUCUUUAUUUAAGGCAUUAUCGAU